UCAUUGGCGAUGUAUUCAAAUGAUAAUCGUCGAGAGACAAUUCUUAUUCCGGGUCGUCCUGUUUUCUUAUGCUAAGUGAAAAACAGGUUUAAGAGUGUGAGGCUAUAAAUACAGUCGUCCAUAGAGGUUUAGGAAGAAGUGUAGGAAAAUACCACGACAGGAUGCAAAGACCACAGUUUCGCCAUCCCCGCCAGGGCUCGGGUCCACGGGCAGCAGGCUUCCGCAGUCCGCCUCCAGCUUACGACAGGGCAGGGAGUAUGUUUCCAUCGCCUCCGUGGGCAUUUUCUACCCCGCCGCCGCCGUUUGGACCGAGAUUUGGACAUUGUUCUCCCAAUACCCCACCGAGAGAGUUUUGUGGUAAUAGGGGCGGCGGCGGCGGCGGCGGUGGUGGGAAAUAUUAUAACAGUCAGUCUCCGGGUCACACACCGCGCAGAUCGAACGCCAGUUCCCGAGGCGCACCGUUCAGACGCUCGCCGUAUGAGAGCCCCGGGCGACACGCUGGAUAUCAGGGUUCACCACGGACAUCCACACCGUUUGGGUCAGCGCAUGGCAGGGAGAGAGGGACAAAUGAUAUGGAAAAAUAUUACAAACCAUCAAUGCUCCAAGAUCCCUGGGCUGACCUUCAGCCUAUCUCAGUCACACAAACUCAGUCUAAAUGCAACUACAAACAAACCAAUACAAGCAGACAAGGGAGGUACUACAAUUAAAACGCAGUACAAUUCUCUAACUUCAGUGAGAGGCAAAAGUCACUGAACAGUCCUUUUUAUUUAGUGCAGCUGUAGUGCACUAAAUUUUUAAAGUCAAAUGGAGCCAGCCGAACACAUGGACCUGAGGCAGGAUUCACCAGCAAUAAUUCUUGAGAAACUGACUCCACAACAUUUUUUUAAAAUCAUAUGUACUUUCGUGUAUAAAGAGACCUCCUCUCUUACUUUUAUAUCUGCACUUCAACGACAGGAUCAUAAAAAUGGGGUGCUUUUGUAACUGGCAACCUAUUGAAAGUAGUUUGCCGUCUCUGGCCCACUCCCAUGGAGUUUGCAAAUCUUUCAUUGAAUUCAGAGGAAUACGUCUUCAAGCUCAAAAUGCAGUCUAACAAAAGAGAUGUCUGAUCAACACAUCCAUCUACCUCUCAGUAUUGACUGUGUGCUGUUAACUAAAACAGGUCAGGUCAAGUAUUUGUAGGUUUGGCUCCUUUCCUAAUUUUCUAUGGACUGUUAAUUUUUAUUACUUUUUAUUUUUGGUGACGCUUUUUUGGUUUUAUUACAAUCUUUAACUGUUUCUUUUCUGUAUAUUAAAAAAAACAUGAUCUAAUAA